CUAAAAAUGGAUGCCGGAUUCUGUAUAAGACAAACUCUUCACCUUAAGUUCUCUUUCGUAGUAAGGCAUCGCGUUUUUGCAAGCUGCUGUAAGCUAGUACUUGAGUUUCCGCGACUAGCGAUUCCUCUUUCUUGGGACAUCCAACCCCACAUCACCGACUUCACUUAGCGAAAUGGAUCCCUCUUCCUACGAGGUUCAUCGUGGGCUCUGGACAAAUUGGUCUCACGGCAGAGUUUCUGGCCUCACAAUCACUACUACCCGUCAAAAUGGAGGCUUGCUUAUCGCAUUUCUCGCCAUUUUCGUUGGUGCGGCCGGGAAGAGCUUUUGGAGAAUUAGCUGUCUCCUUCUCCAUCGCGUCUUUUCAUCGCAAAGAGCACAGGAUGGCCUUUACCAUCAGCGCCAAGCAAUCCUCCGCAAUUCGGAUACCGCACAGGACGGUUUCUGGCGAACACUAAUGGCCAUCAUUGCCUGGAGAAAGCACAAUGCUAGAUCGCUGCAGCGAUUACUGCCUAUGUUGGUCUUCGCCGUUGCCACUGGGAUUUGUUUCGCCGUUGCUGGGAUAUUCUCCUCUCGAGUCACAACAGAGACGGCGAACGAAGUCCUUCUGACAGGGACCAACUGCGCCUUAAUGGGUUUCUCUGGCUUAUCGAACAUCACGGCCUUCGGUACAGUGUGGGAGCCCUACAACAGCCAACGUGUCACAGCGUCUCUUGCUCGGGCUCAGCAGUGUUACAACACCGGCACCUUUUCAGAGGACUGUGGUCUGUAUAUCAAGCCGCAGCUUUCUGUGAACAUUACUCGGAAUGCAAGCUGCCCUUUUGCUUCGGAAAUCUGUCGUACCCAGACCGAGAACAUCAUCGUGGAUACUGGAUACAUGGAUAGUCAUGAAGACUUUGGCAUCAAUGCUCCUCUAGCGGAGCGCUUCAAAUUCAGAUCCGUUUACCAUUGUGCACCCAUCGUCACAGAGGGAUUCUCAGAACUGUACAAUAGCACAAAUAUUCCGGGGAUGACAUUCCGACGGUACAACUAUGGCGGCUUUGCUGGUAGCAAUUAUACCUUCGAGGUUCCAACAAAUCUCUCCACCCUUCAAUAUGACAACUACACUUUUUGGCAAAGUUCACGGCCAGAUUAUGGUGUCGGCCUGCAGGUAAAGUACAGCGUGACAAAUGAGGGAAAUGCUUUGUCUGGACAACUCGACUCUAUCCCGCAAAUUCAAAGGGAUAAUGCUGACGUCUCCUUGUUCUUCCUCACCGCUCCGGGUAUCCUCUUUUCCUCGCAAUCGAAUGAUCCCUGGUACUCCGCUCACCGGCCCGGCCCCAACUUGACCAACCCGGGGUCACAUGACCAAGCUCCAAGUUAUAUGAUGGAUGAGGAUGCCACUGUCCUCGGAUGUGCGCGACAGUUCACCAUAUGUAACCCGAACAUGCCAGAAGCCAAACGUUGUCUACCAUUAAGGGGAUGGCUCGACAACAGCUAUCGGUUGGAGGAGAUCACCCAGAAUGAAGCCCAGAAGAACCGGCUCCAUUAUUUACGCGAGGUCAUGAUAGGAAAUAACGAUGAAAUUAUUUCUAUUGUUGGAUCAACUGGCAAUGCAGGUUUGCUGGCUAGGGAUAAUCUUGGAUGGGGAGUCCAAGGCCCUCUGCCUGACAACCAGUGGCAAUUAGAGAUACAGCAUUGGGUAACAGCAACUAUGGCAUCUCUUCAAAGAAUUUUCGUCGACGCCGCGAGGGGGCCUCCUAACGAAGAUAUGCGAAAAUGGUUCUCAGUGCGUCCAAACACCACUGAAGAGUUGAAAAUGUGUCGGAAUCAGAAAGUCGUCAGCUCUCGCUACAGCUCUUUCAGUGUGGUAGGAAUUGUGGCCAUUCUGGUCAUCGGUGGGGGUUUCGUCUUCCUGGACUGGUUCUCUGAAGCCUUCAUCGAUAGCAUUCACAAGAGAUUUGGAAGGACAGGUCACAGCGACUAUGCCAGCAUCGAGUGGAAUGCCUCAGCCACUCUUCAGAUCCAACGCCUUGCACAUGAAGAAAUGGGAUUCGGGAAAUGGUCGCGCACCGAUACUGACACUCCGGUCACACGUCCGGGAGAGAAGCUUGGUGUUUUGGAUGUGGCAGAUCCAAAGCACCCGUUCUUGAAACCGCCGCCACGAGGGAGGAAUGGUACACUAGGGAGGAAGGAUACAGAUAUGACUAUGGUUUCCACUGAGGAACAUGGUGGCGAAAGGAAAGGUCCUAUUACGGUUUGUGUUAAGGAUCGGAGGAAUUCUAUGGAAAUUUGA